CUUUGGUGUGGUAAAACUAGCAGGUCGCAAUCAGGAUAAUGACGACAAACAAAAUUUCCCGCUCGUGUGCCGCUCCGCGCCACACCUCUGUCUAACGUUGGGCUAUCGACUUACAUUUCAAGUUUACUCUCAGGGUGCUCCGAAGCAACCUUCUAUCGCGCAGUCUACCGCCAGCAAAACUCCACGUUACCGAUGCCCACUGCCCGACCGAACAGCUUCCCUUCGAGCCUCCCCGCGCCAUAGCCUCGCACCCGAGCCCCGAAUGUGGUGCUGAAUAUCUUUGAACCUGGGACUCUAGAAUCUUUUCAACGAUAUGGAUCGUGCAAGGAAGAGAGAGCUUCGUGCUCUAAACGAAAAGGCUUGGGCCGGUGAACAAGAUAUCUUCCAGGUCAACACAUCUCUCGAUUCGGCGCUCAAGAAAAACACGGCGUUUAUUAAACGACUGCGAACCGCGAUCACGUCGACCGGUCUUGCAACGUUUCUGCAAGAGAUCCGAACACUAAGUCUACACAAAUACCUCUCUGAAAUCAUCUCCGCGUUCUAUGAGGGCCUCUGCAAGCUGAAGGCUGUUGGUGACAUAGAUGCUGGUGUUGAAAUAGCCAGCGCCCUACACCAGCGCUUUGGCCCAGCCGAGUUUACAUGUUAUCUGAGCUGGCUCCUCGGCAAGGGCAUGUCAACACCAGAUAAGAGCGCACUAAAGGCCCUCCCCGUGGAGGUUAGAGAAAAGGAAGAAAAGGAACGCCUAAUUAGACAGCGUGCUUUGCUCCGAGUUGUCAGUGAACUCUGGUUAGUUGGCGUUUUACGUACGUUGGAUGAUGCAGUGGCACCAGAAGACGUUACCAGUGUUGCGGGCACGAAACAUGUCGAUGUAAAACUAAAGACUACCAGCAAACCUGGCAUCUCUGCAGAUCCGUUUCCUCUCGAGGUCUUGAAGGAUCUACUAGGACACGAUAGAGAGCACAUGAACCUCCCGCUUCUGGUGAUUUUCGUGAAAGCAUUCAGCUGGGACAUUCUCGGCGUUCGGGCGACUAGCUCAGAAGGGCGGAAAACUGUAGAGGAAGAUGGGACUACCGACGUUGCGCCGCAGGAAUCAGAGGAAGUUGACUCGAUGGAGAUGCCUCUAACUGCACCAGAACUCUCUGAACGGUUCAAAAGCAUUCUCAAAAAGUACUUUGAUGACGUCAAGAACCACGUUGUCAAGGACCAAAAAACCAUACAUUCACAAGCCAGGCGUAAUGCUGAAGCAUAUGUCAAAAGUGGCGAGGUAUUCGAGGAUCGACAGGCCAGCUACGAGAAACAAGUCAAAUCGCACGAUAGGCUCGUCUCAAAUGCACAAGUUUUGGCGGAUGCAAUUGGCGCUGAGAUGCCAGACCUCAAGUCUGUAGAUGAUGGCGCUGCUGGUUCCGGAACUGCGAUUGGUAUAAUGAAGACUGGCGAGUAUCUUCGAUCCGGCAUGGAGGGAUCUGGCAUCUGGGCCGAUGACGAAGAACGUCGAUUCUACGAAAAUAUAAUGGACUUGAAGGGCAAAGUACCUUCAUUGCUGUUGGAAGAUAACAAGAAAAAGAAACCUGAGGGUGAAGAACAAGUGGGCAAGAAGAUUGACCCUGCGGAUGCGGUUGAGGCAGCAAAGGCUCAAGAUCCGGCAGAGGAUCAGUCAACAGCAAUCGCAAAUAAGACGAUAGGCGCCCAGGUUGAUGCUCUUCUUGCCAGAUUGCAAGAGCUCACGAAUAAGGAGUCUAUUGAUCAACUGGCUAUUGACUUCUGCUAUCUUAACUCGAAGGCCUCGCGUAAUCGCUUGAUCAAAGCAUUAUCCGAAAUACCCAAAGGUCGCAGUGAUUUACUGCCUUUAUGGUCGCGGCUCACAGCAACUCUCGGCCGAUAUAUGCCUGAUGUCCCAAAGGGGCUUGUUGACUAUUUGGAUGCCGAGUUCCGAAGUUUGCAAAGGCGAAAGGAAAAGGAUUUCCUUGGUCAAGUUCGGCUGAGCAACAUUCGGUACCUCGCAGAGUUGACAAAAUUUGGUGUUGUCGCCGAACACGUCGUCUUUCAUUGUCUCAAGGUCAGCCUAGAUGACUUUUCCCGAAUGAAUAUUGAAAUCCUAUGCAAUCUGGUAGAGAACUGCGGAAGAUAUCUUCUCAAGACCCCGGAAACUUCCCCGAGAAUGGUCAGCUUUUUAGAGACUUUGCAGCGGAAGAAGUCGGUACAGCAUCUCGGUCAGCCAGAGCGCAUGCUAAUCGACAAUGCGCUUUACUAUGUUGAUCCUCCAGAGCGGCCUGCUAUAGAACAAAAGGAACGCACACCGAUGGAAUUGUUCAUUCGCAAACUAAUCUACAUGGACAUGACGAAGCGCAACUAUAGCAAAAUCCUGAAGCAGAUUAGGAGACUUCAUUGGGAAGAAGCAGAUGUUGUAACAAUUUUAGAAAAGGUCUUCUCCAAACCGGCAAAGGUCAAAUUUGGCAACAUUCACUUGCUAGGAAUUCUGCUUAGUGCGUUAUAUCGUCAUCACCCGGACUUCGUCGUUCGAGUUAUAGACAACGUUGUGGAAUCGGUCAACUUUGGCCUGGAAGAGAACGACUUUCGAACAUUUCAACGGCGAGUGGCCGAGGUCAAAUAUCUGGCUGAGUUGUACAACUAUCGAAUGUUAGAGCACCAAGUCAUUUUCGAUAUUAUGUACAAAAUUCUGUCAUUUGGGCACGGAGGUGCUCCGAUCCCCGGGAAAUUCAAUCCAUUUGACCCUCCAGAUGAUUUCUUCCGUAUUAGACUCGUUACGACAAUGCUGGAUACCUGCGGUGUCUUCUUCAACCGUGGCGCAGCGGGCAAGAAGCUUGAUUACUUUUUGUCCUUUUUCCAGUACUAUAUUUACACCAAAGUUGAUGUUCCCGUGGAAAUGGAGUUUUUAAUCGAGGAUACCUUCGCUUCCAUUCGACCUCAAUUCCAGUUUGCAUCUAGCUUUGAGGACGCGGUGAAAGCUUUCCAAGCCGCGGUCUUACAAGACCAAAAGUCAUCUGGCGGAGACAAGGCAGCAGAACCUGACGACUUGGCUAGCGACGAGUCCUCUGACGAUGACAACGUGGAUGGAGAUGAUGUGGACGCAGAUGAUGACAGUGCCACCGAAGAUGAGGACGAAGAUAUCGAUGUAAUGGAAGGUGACGAUGAGUCUGACACCGCCAGCGAGUUCGAUGAGGCUAUAGUCGUUACCCGCCAAGAAGAGACGAUCGACCCCGAAGAGGAAGCCAACUUUGAGCGUGAAUAUGCCAAGAUGAUGGCUGAGAGUCUUGAGUCAAGGAAAUUUGAACGCAAGCCAGUAUUUGAUGCUCCAUUACCGGUUCGAUCAAAAGGAAAAGAAGUGGGUGGUGCUGAAUCAACCACCGAACCCUCUCCUCCAGCAGGCAAGAUGGCCUUCUCACUUUUGACGAAGAAGGGCAACCGACAACAAACUCGGACGGUCGAGCUUCCAUCUGAUUCUGCUUUUGCUGUGGCUAUGAAAUCUCAACAACAAGCAGAACGUGAGGAACAGCAGCGAAUCAAAAACCUUGUCCUCAACUAUGAUAUGCAGCAAAGUGAUGAAGCCGAGGCCGAUAAUGACAAGCCUACAACAUUCUAUCAUAAUCGUAUCGAAAAGGGUGGCAAAGACCGUGGCCAACGUAUUCGAAAAUUACAGUUGAGUGAUGUUGACUGGUAGAAACAGAAAACACUGUCUCAUUCAGGUCGGCCACGGGUUUGGGGACGAGGAGAUGGCGUUGUUUAAGGGCGACAUCUUCCUAAUAUACGGGCCAUUCUAGACCUACAUUGUAAACUAUAAUGACAAGAAAUAUACCACUAUUUGCGCAGUCUAUAAGCAUGAUCUACAUUGAAGUAUUUCUUCUUGUUUCCCUUCGUCCGCGUCCGAACAGCGCGCUGGCAGACGCAGAAG